CUUCAUCCUGAGGAGAGACGCCGUGUCUGAGAGGAAGGCUUAGGAGAAUUUCAUCUAGAACCAGAGCAGACAUGCAGUGCUGUCGGCUCGUGCUCCUCCUGAUGGGUCAGUGCUCCCUGUACGUCGCUGUCCUCUACGGGUACGAACUCGUUGAGGAGAAGAAGACCUGGGAGGAAGCCCGGGAGUAUUGCAAAGCCAAACACAUUGACCUGGCCACAAUGCAGACCUUCACGGACCUGGAGGAGGUCGUCGACUUAGUGGGGGACAAAGGGGACACCUGGAUCGGGCUGCGGAGACAAACCGGGUCCACAAAGACGUGGAGCUGGUCUUCGCCGAAGGUGAAGUUCAUUGACAGCGAGGCAGCAUGGAAGACGAAUGAGCCCAAUAAUGCAGCCGGUGCUGAGGACUGUGUGGCGAUGCUGGAUAACAAAUGGAUUGAUUUCCGUUGUGGACUAAAGAAAAGGUUUCUCUGCUACGAUGAAAGAAACCUCAAAAAGUUCCACUUGCAUACUGAAAAGAAAAGCUGGCCAGAGGCUUGGCGCUACUGUAGAAAUCACCACACUGACCUGGCCAGUGGUGACGCACAGUUAACAGGUGACGCCUUCCAGACAGAGAUGAGCGGGAGUGCCGGUGAAAAGGUGUGGAUCGGCCUGUACGCAGACACGUGGGCGUGGUCAGAUGGGAACUACCCCUCCUUCUGGAACCCCACGCUGUUUAAAGGUGAAGGCCAGGGCGCCAAGUUGUCAGAUGGGAGCUACCCCGCCCUCUGGAACCCCACGCUGUUUGAAGGUAAAGGGGCGUGUGUUGCUUUGUCGGAGAAGAAAUGGAAAUCCGAAGAUUGCUCUCACAAAAACAACUUUUUAUGCAAUACGCAGGAGACCAACCCAGCAACUAAACCAGUACCCAAACCAGUAAACGACCCAGCACCCAAACCAGUAACCAAACCAGCAACCAAACCAGAUAAACUGGUCCUGAUCAAUAAAUCCAUGACCUGGGAGAGGGCCUUGUCCUACUGCAGAGAGAAGCACAACGAACUGGUCUCCGCCACCAACCCUACGGAGCAGACAUUGGUCCAAAACAUAGCCAUGGGGGCCAAAACCACCCACGUCUGGAUGGCACUGCGCUACUCCUGCACUCUGGACUUGUGGUUCUGGGUCGACAACAAGGUGGUCAAAUACUCCAACUGGGGAACCAGUGAAGAGAUCGUUGAUACAUGUGACAUGUCCGGAGCCAUGGAGAAAGGAGGAAAACACCAGUGGUUCAAGAAGAAUGCCAACAAAAAGUUGAAUUUCAUCUGUCGUGAAUAUUAACACACGAUCUGUGGGCGCAUGGUGACGGCCAUUCUGUUUGCAGUGGUGUGACUUUUAUGUAUCUUUAUCCUCCGGGGUUUAUCGAAUGGCAUUCUGGGAGAUGUAGGAAUUACAAUGUAAAAGGGGGGAUAUGAAAUGACUGACUAAAUCAAUUAAAGUUUCACAAGAUAACUAUAAGGAUGUGACCAUGUGACCGUUUUUUUAAUUUCGUCUCCUGAUUCAGGAACACCGGAAUGAUCCCGUUCCAUUUUCUGAAGUUUCUGUAUUGUCUUUCUCUUUAAAAUGUUUAUCUUUUGAGGUUGAAAUAGGAAUAAAUGCAUCAAUGCUUCCACAUACAGAAAAUGGAACAUUCAACCUUUUGUAUCGCGUUUCGGUUGAAUAGCUGGUGAUGGUUGUAAGCUCUUAUCUGGUAAAAAUAUGUAUCUUUGACGAUCACAUUUAUGGAGUUUAAUGUAAACAGAUGACUGUUUUC